CCGAUGCUUUGAAUUUUCUAUUCUAUUUUCUAUGCUUAAGGCUUAGACUUACCCAUCCAAAUUAAAAUCUCGCAUGGAUUCUCUUCAUCCUUCCCCGAGUCCUUUUCCUUGUAAUUCACAGCUUUUUGGUACUGAUUCCCAAGCAUUAUGACUUCAAAGAAACACGGGGAAUCCCGCUCACCAAACCCACGACGCCAAGCAAACGACUUAUAGCUACAGUACUCUUUGUUCGUCUUUCUCAAUACUUUGUCCCUCGGGAUACAUAAAGCUGGGUAGAUCAGGACUCAGAAUCGGGGGCGAUUUCGGUUUAUCCAUGGUAAACAAGUCUUCGAGUGCUGGGAGGUAGCCAGAUCAUAGAAUAACGAGAAACCCCCCCGGGCGCUUCUUUCUUGUGCGUAUUGGAUUUUGAGCUGAAAAAUAUGGUGGGUAUAUUUUCAAGAUUUACUGUUGGAAGGAAUGCCCAUCGACGGACGCAAAGCGCUCUUGAUGAGAGAGAAUCGUUACCUCCGAAUUCUGAAGGUGCCACUGCCCAGAGUGCCGUCACAACCACUUCUCAUGGAAUUGAAGUAGCAGUAGAGUUUAAGCCUGUUGAACACCCGACUGAGCCUCUUGACCAUGAUAGACCAGUUCAGUGCCCGUUGCCAGAACCUUCAAUUAUCAAUGAUGGAAGAAUAUGGAAAGACAGAGCAUCUGCAACAAUGCAUAGAAGAUCUGACGUGGCAAUGAUGAAGGAUGGAGGAACCCUUGAAUCCAAUGGUGCAGGGUCAAAGCCACGGACAACUCAUUCUAACAGAACGAUUCUGCCAUCUCUCAGUGCCCCAGAACAUAAUAUCUUGAACCUUCUUGAAGAAUGUAACGCAUCAGGGAUGUAAACUGGUAUUGUUUUUAAUAUGGGAUUCUGUUCUCAACUUUCAUAAGUUGGAUUGUGUUCCUUCAGUAGCGUUUAUUCUUAAUGCCUAAUUCAUUUUGCUUGGGGCAGUGAAGAUUGAGAAUUGUUGAUGAUUCAAGCCAUCAUACAUUUUUUGUCACAGUUUUUAAGGCCUCCUUUAAUAAACGCACCCUAUUGCUUUACAUUUGAGAAAUGUAGCAUGAAGCUAUUCAUGCAGUCUAACACAUCGCAUCAACUCAUUCCUUUCAUUACCAUCUCUGUUACUCUUAUUAUUGUAUCUAAAACUAGCUUUUAAUCGUUC